AAAACAAAAAAAAAAAAAAGGAUAGGGUAGUACAUGAAAUUUCUUUCUCUUAUUCUCUUGCACAUGAUUUUUAUUAUUAAAAGACGUCUUGAAGCUUUUAUAAAAUAUUCUAUAUCAAUACUUGUUGUGUUGAAUUUCUUAAUGCAUAAACUGUUCCAAACAUAUCAAACAAAUUCAAGGGAAGCUACCCAUUUAUGUCACCCAUAAAAAUUUGCUCGAUUUUAUGACCGUUAUACUUACCGAGGAGGUGCAUAAUAGAUCCUUUUCUACAAUCUUUGGUCAGUAUGAUUCUUAGACAAAGUAGCACAUCUGAAAUCGGGAGAGGAUAAGUGCAGCUAUGGUUUAUAGCAAGAGUGAAAGGAGGGAAAGCAGUCAAAGAAGGUAGCUUUUAUUCUCCGCCUAGAGCCAACGUCGAGUCUUGAGUCUCGCAAACGCAGUUAUCAGGGCCCUGUAGUAAAUUUUUUUUUUAUUUAUUUAUUCAUCAUGUUUUUACGCACUUCAACACGUCUUUUAGCAACACAACAAGUGAGAUCGUAUGCCACUAAAAAGAAGCUCUCUCUCAGAUACAACCCCGAUGCCGUUGAAUUAGAACAGGCUGUCAGUAUUUUGAAAGCUUUUGAAGUAGGCAACCCAAACCAUCAAAUCGAAGCCCACGUCCAAUGCAAGAUUGAAAAAUCAACACCUCUCAUUCGUGGGUCACUUGUUUUACCCAAGAGCAUCAAACAAGAAGCCACGAUCUUGGUUUUCGCUACUGGAAAAAAGGCUGAGGAAGCUAAAGCAGCUGGUGCUCACUUUGUAGGCGGGGAGGAGUUGAUUGAAAAAGUACAAGCAGGUGAACUCAAGUUUGACAAGUGUAUUGCUACACCUCAAAUGUUCCCUUCUGUCACUAAAAUUGCCCGUAUUUUGGGUCCCAAGGGUUUGAUGCCUACUGUUAAAAAGGGUACUGUGACUGAUGAUAUCUCCAACACGGUUCGUACAUCAAAGAGUUCUUUUGAUUUUAAGGCAGAUAAGCACGGUGUUUUGCAUACCGGUAUUGGCAAAGUUAAAUUUGAAUCCAAUGACAUUGAAGCAAAUCUUAAAGCCAUUCUCGAAGAAUUACGAGUGUUUGGUAAAGCCAACAACUUGAAGGCUUUUGUUCAAAACGUUGUGCUUUCUUCUACCCGUGGUCCUGGUAUUGUGAUUGCAAAUGGAUCAUCACUUUAGACUUGUAAUAAAAUUUAAUUUUCACACAAA